AUGGCUGCAAGGUUCACUGUUGAAGAGGCCCGCCAAAUGGUGCUAGAUAGAGACGAUGGACAGGCUGUUAUGGGGUUAGACUCAGGAUCAGAACUCUCUGACGACGAGGACCCAGACUACCAGCCACCAGCCAUUCAACCUCAAUCAUCAGACACAGGGGAAUCCCCUGACUCUUCAGAAGAAGAAGAAAAUGAGGUCCAAAGUACCAACCGGAUGAGCAAGAAGGGCUCCUACUGGAGUGAGAAUCCUCCCCCUCAGACUAGAACACCAAGCCACAAUUUGCUCAUAACCCGACCAGGCCCAGCACGGGGGGUGACCACGACAUCACCCAGAGAAGCAUGGGAGCUCUUCCUCAGUGAGGAAAUACUUCUACAGGUGAUAAAAGGCACAAAUGUGGAGGGCCAGAGAAUCGCCGACGCUAGAGGGAAGGCAUGGCUAAAAGUUGACCAACUUGAACUAAAAGCUUGGAUUGGACUCUGCAUUCUCUCUGGAAGUGAGAAGAGCUGGGAUGUGGCUGUUCGUGAGCUGUUUGGAAGUCCUUUCCAGAAUCCCAUGUACAAAGCCACCAUGUCAAUCAAUCGGUUUGAAGAUAUCCGCCGUGCCCUGCGAUUCGAUGACAAGAGGACCAGACCCGCACGGCUGGCAACCGACCACAUGGCAGCCUUUCGGGAUAUAUGGGAGAUGUUCUUGGUCAACUGCAGGCGGCGAUUCAUCCCAAAUGAUUGUGUGACUGUGGAUGAACAGCUUGUCCCAUUCAGGGGGAGGUGCAAGUUUUUGCAGUAUAUGCCAAGCAAGCCCGCCAAGUAUGGCAUCAAAAUUUUUUGGGUUUGUGAUGCCCGCGUCCCCUACGCUAUCGAUGCAAAGGUUUAUACAGGGCGUCAACCAGGAGAUGAAGUGCAAAAGAAUCUGGGAGAAAAAAUUGUAAAAGAGUUGUGCAGUGCACUCCGACACACUGGCCGCAACAUAACGAUGGACAACUUUUUCACCAGUAUACCUCUUGCACAGGAGCUCCUCGAAAGUGGUCUCACAAUUGUGGGGACUCUUCGUCAGAACAAACCAGACAUCCCAGCUGUGAUGAAGGCUUCAAGGACCCGAAAGCUCUACAGCACAGAAUUUGGUUUCAAUGGCAACGUCGCCAUGGCCAGCUAUGUGAGAAAGAAAGGAAAGGUUGUUGUCCUCCUGAGCACAAUGCACCACAACAAAAUGCUGGAUGAAAACAGUGAAAAAAAGAAACCAGAAAUCAUCACCUUCUACAACAAAAGCAAAGGAGGUGUUGACCUUGUCGACCAGAUGGUUGGCACCUACACCUGCAAACGCCAAACCCAGAGGUGGCCCAUGGUACUGUGGUACAAUAUGCUCGAUGUCGCCACCCUGAAUGCAUACAGCAUAUUCAAAGCCCAGCACCCUAAUGACAAGGGAGGGAUCCCUGAACGACGGCUCUUUCUGAGAGAGCUCUCAAGGGAGCUCAUCCUCCCACAGAUGCAACGGCGACUUGAAGGCAAUGGAUCCCUGAACAGCACAAUUAUUGAUGCAAUGCAAAGGUGUGGGGUGGCAAGAGUCACACCGCAGCAGGACAGAGGACAACCAUUGAAGAGAAAGAGGUGUCAGCUCUGCCCACGAGACAAAGAUAACAAAGUCAGCACUAGAUGUAAGAAGUGCGAUACAGCAGCGUGUAAGGAUCACAGCCAGAAAACAGUUGUCUGUCAGAAAUGUGAAGCGUGA